CAAUUGUUUUGGAGUUGCAGUUGAAGAAGGGCGGAGAUAAGGAUGAACGGCAGUAGUAGGUUUUGCGCAGUUCCUCCAGGGUUCCGGUUCCAUCCGACGGAUGAAGAGCUGGUGGACUACUACCUCAGGAAGAAAAUCAACUGCCGGAGGAUCGACCUUGACGUCAUCAGAGACGUCGAUCUUUACAAGAUCGAGCCAUGGGACCUUCAAGAGCUGUGUAGAAUAGGGAGCGAGGAGCAGAGCGAGUGGUAUUUCUUCAGCCACAAGGACAAGAAGUACCCGACGGGGACGAGGACCAACAGGGCGACGACGGCAGGGUUCUGGAAGGCGACGGGGAGGGACAAGGCGAUUUACACGAAGAACGAGCUGAUCGGGAUGCGGAAGACCCUUGUUUUCUACAAGGGUCGUGCUCCGAACGGGCAGAAGUCGGACUGGAUCAUGCACGAGUACCGCCUCGAGACCGACGAGAACGCCGCUCCCCAGGCAAAAGGAUGGGUUGUAUGUCGGGUGUUCAAGAAGAAGAUAACAACGGUGAGAAAAAUGAACGACCACGACUCCUCCUCCUCACUUUACUGGUACGACGACCAAGUCUCCUCCUCAUUCACCCAAGAACCGCUGGACUCCCCCAACCAACAAAGCUCCAUCUCCCAGCCACCGCCACCGCCGGAUCAUCAUUUUCCGACCACCGCCACUCAUUGCAAGAAAGAGCAGUUCGCCAACGACCUCCUCUUCCUCCCAACGCUCCCACACGAUCCCAACACUUACUUCCUCCAGCUCCCGCUUCUUCAAAGCCCCAAGCCUCUCCUCCAAACUCCACCGUCCACGUCGUCAUCGCCGCCGCCGCCACCGUCAUCCUACGGUCUAGACAUGAACACGUUGCGACCUGCUCCCUCGCUGGAUCACCAUCACCGCCAGAGCUUGAGGUCAUUAAUCUUUGGGAUGGACGGCGGCGGUGGUGAUCAUCAUCUUCAUGUUCAUCAGGAGCAGCAGCAAGGUGGAGGAGCUGGAGUGGAAUCGGUGACGGAUUGGAGAGUGCUUGAUAAGUUCGUCGCUUCCCAACUCAGCCAUGAUGAUCAUCAUCAACUACAGCCGCCGGCCACCGCCGCCGAGAAUGUUGACAAUGCCACCACGGCGCCGCCGUCGACGUCCAGCCCUACUACUACUACUACUGGUAGCAGUCAAAUCGAUCUGUGGAAAUGAGAAGGUUGAUCGAUCGGUCUCAAUAUUACUAUACGAUAUAUUUAAAUACAACGAAGUAAGUAAGUCAGCCAUUUUUAUUGAUCAUCUAGAAAAGUUCAUGUAAAUAGUAAACAUAUCUUAAGACAUGAUGAUCAGCAUAAUAUAAACUCUAUAUAUGUUAUUAUGUCAUUAUUUACUGCUA